ACUGUUUCGCUUCAGUCGCAAAGGAAAGCGCGAAGUGUAUACAGCGUGCCAAAACCCGAUAUUCCCGAGUGACAACGUGAUACGAAUCGCGUACACCAUAAUUUUGUCUAUUGCUCAAUAUCGUUUCGUAAUACCAACGUGUUAUAAAAUAAUAUAAAUUUUGAAUUGUGUUUUGGAUUGUGAACGGAACUGUGUGGACAAGAUGUUGGACAAGUCCAUCCUAGGCGGUAGUUGGGAGAGCGUGAUCUCGAGAGACGACUACGAGAUCGACUACAGUCCAAGUCCAAGAGGAUCACCUCUGAAGGAAACAACCAAUAUCCAGGAGGAGCAACCUUACUUGAUCAGUCGCCACAAUCCUAACAAGACGUUCCGUCGAGAGUCCGUCAUUGCUUCCUGGAAAAGUUUAAAGAAGGAGCGAGAACAGGCCUUAGGGAAACGUGUCGUGUAUGUCGACGCUGAUAGUUAUGAAGAUUAUUACGGGAGGAACGAAGUCAAACGUUGUAAAAGCGAAAGAACAGCAAACGCUCCUCGUGUUCUCAAAAAGGUCAAACGUACAUAUUCCGUAUUGUAUAGAUACGACCCGAACGAGGAAAAGGUUGUAAAGGAAUACAAAUAUCAACCGGCCAAGGAACCUGAAAUGUCAACGAUCACAAACCUUCAGAAAUCUUACUCGGAACCAUUUCUGAGGCCCGAGAAAACACCUAAGAAGAAGGUAAAGAGGUCUAUCACAACGUUCCUUAACAUCAAGACGAAGUUAGUCAGCUUAUUCUCGUCCAAGAGUUAAGAUUAGUUUUUUAGUUAUUAGGAGAAUAGUUGCUCAAUUUAAUGCAUUUUCCUUAGGUUAAGUAAAAUGAAACCAUAGUUCAGAAUGUUGUGGUUACGGUGGUUCAAUGUGCUUGAUAUCUCAUUUAAUUAGGAAUAGAAAGUAGUUAUUAAGAACAAGUUCUGGCUGGGUUAGCGAAACCUGUCAACGUCUUCCUUGGAAACCAAUUAUUUUGGUAAAAUUUUUGUUAAUACAUUUAUUUGAGCACAAAUCAACUUCAUCACAGAAGUUUUUAUGGAAGACAUAAAAAGCCAAAAGAUAUUUAUAAAAGUUUAUUUAAAAAAAAAAUCUAGUAAUACCUUUUUUUUUUUAGGAAUUACUAAUAUCCUAUAAUUCCUUCCAGUCUAAUAGUCCAAAAGUGAGGAUCAAACUAGCGUUGUUCACGUAGUUAAGACUCCCGUGUACCAUUGAGCUAUUAAGGCUUAAAUACUUACAAUAUACAUACAUACAAGAAAUAGUUUGGCCAUAAUUCUUCUACUCUUUAAACAUAAUUGACGUAGAUGUUAUAAGAUUUUUUGUGAUAUUUCUGUGUGUUGUGAUAUAUUAGUUUUAAACUACUUCGAAUAUAUAAGGUCAUACUUAUAUACUUUGCAAGUCGAUGUAUAUGAAGUUAAUAGCAAAAUAAAAAUCUAACAUAAAAUUAGUAAUACAUUUAAAAAAACUACUUGAUUAA